AAAAGAAUUCCCAACAAAAGCUGCCCCCACCGGGCUAAAAAAAUCGGCUCAGCCUUUUUUUUUUCCCUUUCUUCAAUCCCUUUUAUCCUCUUGCCUAAUAGAAACCCACACACAAACACACAUGAAUUCGCAGGAGCUUGCAGGGUGGUGAGAGAGGAAGGGGAGAGUGAGAGAGACAAAGCAUAAAGGCGAGGAGCUGGAUGCCGUGAAGAAAUCUUUAGCCUGAGAGAGAGGGAGAGUGAGAGAAGAAGAAGGGAGGGUGAUUGCUCUGAUCUGGAGCUGGUUGGGGGGAAAGGAGUUGGGAGAAUCUCAUGGGAGCUGUGAUGAAAUGGGGGAGGAGAAGCUCCUUGAUCCGUUCUUGAGCCGGGAAAUUUGAUCUUUUUAAGCUGCGGGGUUGGGGGGAAAUUUGGAUCUUGAGGCUACCCGAGCGCGAAGCCUGGUUUCUUCCGGUGCUCCGUUGCUGCAUUGCCUUGUUGCCCCCAGAUCCGAGCUGCCGUGCGAGGGAAACUCGGAUCUUUGCUUGCGCUCUCCCCAAAUCCGCCCAAAAUUUGGGCUCUGGAGCAAGCUGUGUUCGUGGUAGCCCCCCGUGCUUCAAAUCCUUUUCAGAAAGUUCAUUUGUUUAGUUGGGGGUUAGAUAUGGCAGUGAUGCGGACUACUUUAUGAGGUGUCUCCUGCCAUUUUUUUUUAGAGUAGAUUCGUCAGUAAUGGCGGAUCUUGCCAUGGAGUAGUAGUAGUAGUAGUAGUAGUAGUAGUAGCAGGGGGUUCCUUCGGUGAUAGCGAAGGGUGCUUAGCCAUUAAGCGGCGGCGAUGUCUCUGAAGAGCAUUGUGCGGGAGCUGAGGGAGAUGAGGGACGGCAUCGGCAGCAUGUCGAGGCGAGCCGCUGACGGGCGCGCCGGCGGCGGGCGCGGCGGCUCGCGGCAUUCUUGGCCGGUCCUGUGGUCGGAGCAGCAGCAGCCGCCGCAGCAGCAGCAGCUGCAGCGUCAGGAGCAUCAGCAGCAGCAGGGGCGGUGGGCGAACCUGCCGCCGGAGCUGCUGCUGGACGUGAUCCAGAGGGUGGAGGCCAGCGAGGCGACGUGGCCGGCGCGGCGGCAGGUGGUGGCGUGCGCCGCCGUCUGCCGCUCGUGGCGCGAGGUCACCAAGGAGGUGGUGAAGACGCUCGAGGAGUGCGGCAGGAUCACCUUCCCCAUCUCCCUCAAGCAGCCGGGGCCUCGUGAGCAUCCAGUGCAGUGCUUUGUGAGGAGGGACAGGGCGACUUCCACCUAUCUCCUCUACCUGGGGCUCAGCCCAUCUCUACAUGGAGAAAACGACAAGCUUUUGCUUGCAGCACGCAAGAUUAGGCGUGCGACCAGGACUUCUUUUGUGAUCUCACUGGUCUCCAAUGACUUCUCUCUAUCCAGUAGCACCUAUGUUGGUAAACUGAAACCAAACUUCCUUGGCACAAAGUUUACAAUCUUUGACAGCCAGCCUCCUUGCGAUGCUGUAGUGUUGCCAAACAACCGACCAAGCAAACGACAUUUCAAGCAAGUAUCACCGCGAUUGCCACUAGGCAAUUACAAUGUUGCUACGGUCUCAUAUGAGCUCACUGUCCUACGUAAUCGAGGACCAAGGAGAAUGCAAUGCACCAUGCACUCUAUACCGGCAUUGUGUAUUCAGGAAGGUGGGAAGGCCCCAACCCCUACCGGCAUCAUCCACUCACUUGACGAACAAGUUCCCGCCUUAUCAACUAGCAAAGGAAAGGAACCAGCCAUAGAAUUUUCAUCGACAAGCCUCAGCGCUGAUUUGUCUGGACCGGUCUGUACAAAUGAAGUGCCUCUUGUUCUGAAGAACAAAGCUCCCCGCUGGCAUGAGCAGCUGCAGUGCUGGUGCCUCAACUUCCGAGGGCGUGUUACAGUAGCAUCAGUCAAGAACUUCCAGCUCGUUGCCUCAGUUGAUCCUUCCCUUGGUAUCCCUGCGGCAGAGCAGGAGAAGGUCAUCCUCCAAUUUGGGAAAAUCGGAAAGGAUAUAUUCACAAUGGAUUAUAGGUACCCGCUCUCGGCGUUCCAGGCAUUUGCGAUCUGCCUGACUAGCUUUGACACCAAACCGGCGUGCGAAUAACUGAAGAAAGGUAUCAAACCUGUGUCUUCUCUCUAUUUAGCUCAGGCAGCGUCUGAUUCCGUUGGAUGCUGUAAAAUUCUCGGUCUUGCUAUGCCAAAAUGAGCCUACUCCUGGGGGAGACAGUAGCUUUGUCAGAUCAAGAUGAACAAUGGCAUCUAUAUCUUGGCAACUGGCAAAACCCCAGGAAAGAUUUGAGUGACAAUGCUGUAACCAACAAACUGCUAUUGUACUAUUGUUCUUGGAAUGUUUAGCGGUGAAAUAUCACUGCGCUAUGGAUAAUAUGGACGCUGUUCAUCGUGCCCUACCUCCUUC